AUGUUUCUCGUUAUCUUGUAUUUCGCUUUGCCCUUAGUGGAUGUACUUUUGUCCGCAGAAGUAAGCGGGCUGCCUGGAGGGGACCGCCUCGACUGCGUGAAAGCCAGCGAUCAGUGUCUCAAGGAGCAGAGCUGUAGUACUAAAUACAGGACACUGAGGCAGUGUGUAGCCGGCAAAGAGAGCAACUUCAGCCGGGCGACAGGCCUGGAGGCAAAGGAUGAAUGCAAAAGCGCCAUGGAAGCUCUCAAGCAGAAGUCUCUGUACAACUGCCGCUGUAAGAGGGGCAUGAAGAAGGAGAAAAACUGCCUGCGCAUUUACUGGAGCAUGUACCAGAGCUUACAGGGAAAUGACUUGCUUGAAGAUUCCCCUUAUGAGCCAGUUAACAGCAGACUAUCAGACAUAUUCAGGCUAGCACCAAUUGUAUCAGUGGAGCCAGUACUUUCAAAGGGGAACAAUUGCUUGGAUGCAGCAAAAGCUUGUAACCUAAAUGAUACCUGCAAGAGGUUCAGAUCUGCUUACAUAACCCCCUGCACCAGCAGCACGUCUAAUGAAAUCUGUAACAAGCGGAAGUGUCAUAAGGCCCUCCGGCUAUUUUUUGACAAAGUUCCCCCAAAGCACAGCUACGGGAUGCUCUUCUGCUCCUGUCGAGACGUAGCCUGUACAGAAAGGAGACGGCAGACUAUUGUUCCUGUGUGUUCAUAUGAGGACAGGGAGAAACCAAACUGCCUGAAUUUACAAGAAUCCUGCAAGAAGAAUUACAUCUGCAGAUCUCGCCUUGCAGAUUUCUUCACAAACUGCCAGCCUGAGUCACGGUCUGUUAGUAGCUGUCUGAAGGAGAACUAUGCUGACUGCCUCCUCGCUUACUCGGGGCUUAUUGGCACAGUGAUGACACCAAACUACAUAGACUCAAACAGUCUCAGCGUUGCCCCAUGGUGUGACUGCAGCAACAGCGGUAAUGACAUAGAUGAAUGCAUGAAAUUUCUGAAUUUCUUCCAGGACAAUACAUGCCUUAAAAAUGCAAUUCAGGCCUUCGGCAAUGGUACUGAUGUGAAUGUGUGGCAGCCAAUCUUACCAGUACAGACCACUACAGCCACAACUACAACGGCUUCCAGACUUAAAAACACAGGUUCAGAGACCACCAACAAUGAAAUACCCACCCACAACGAUUCACCAGCAUGUGCAAACCUGCAGGCACAGAAGAAGCGGAAAUCCAAUGAAUCUGUAGAUACAGAGCUCUGUCUUAAUGAGAAUGCUAUUGGGAAAGACAACACAGCAGGAGUCUCUACCAGUCACAUAUCUUCGGAGAAUUCGCUUGCUCUUCCUAGAAGCUUCUAUCUAAGCACACCGCUCACUCUGAUGACACUUGCACUCUCACUCUGUUUGUCCCUAAGCUCAUCAGUCGUCUUGUAGCUGCAUUUCAAAAGGACUUGUAAAAAAAAAAAAAAAAAAAAAAAAUCUGUUUCCUGUCCUCUGUUGUUUAUCUGGAAUUCCAGGUCUGGGAGCUAAGCUGAGGCACUCCUGCUAGAACAGUUUCAGUCAGCUGGAAUUUUUUUUUUUUCUCUCUAAAAAAGCUUCUUGUGAUAUUUAGAGGCUUUGUGAAAUACUUGGUGCAGUGCUACAUUCCAAACCCAAAAGGCUUUUGGGCAUGCAGUGUUUUAAAGAGACAGUGUGUAAAUUUGCCUGUAAAGCGACCUGGUUGGAUUAUUUUAAUAAUUAUUAUUUUAAUUCUGGCUUUUACCCAAGAAGGAGGAUGGCAGUUUUCUUAAGAUCCUAUUUAUCUCAUUGAAUGAUUUUGGUUGUCAAAUUGAUUGAACUUCAGACUAUCAAGGAUGCCAGGCUUUUGUCUAAUGGUGAAUGUUCUCCCAGAGAGUGGACUUUAUGAAACAUCUUCAUUUGAUAAAUUGCUACUGAUGUUAAACUCUUUCAGUGUAUUAGCAUUUUCCUCUUUAAAUGUUUAUGUACUGUAAGUGAUUCUGCGUUCCCUCCUGAGAAGCCAUUAUAAUUCGCAUACAGGUAUAAUGUAUGUCUUUCAGUUAAAUUCUCAUAAAAAUAGUGUGGCAUAUAACUUUCUAACAGUACAUUUAUCUUUUAAUUAUAAUCAUCUAGCCUUAACAAAGGUGAAGAUUCUUUAACAAGAAGCAGCCAUUGUGAAAACUUGAUAAAGAUACAUUUCUUUAAAUUUGAGGAUAAGCAGUAGAAACAAAUUUUGCUUCAGGGUUUCAGCUGUACAGUCUAUGGUCUUCUAUGCUUCCAUUGUGAUAAUAUAGUCCAGUUAUUAUACUGUUUGUUUAAUAAAAAAUGACAUACAAUUUAUUUGCUCUACU